CAAUAUGGAAGCGUCGGCACAGAGCAGAAAAGAACAAGCAGGUGAUUUUGAAUCCCCAGGUCCCACUCUGACUUUCAGUAACAUCAGCUAUGCUGUGAACCUGAAGAAAACAUUCAGUAUCAAGAAAGGAGAGGAGAAAUGGAUCCUUCAAAAUGUAAGUGGGAUUAUGAAGCCUGGCAUGAAUGCUCUCCUUGGACCAACGGGAAGUGGCAAAACAUCGCUUCUGGAUGUGCUUGCUCACCGGAAGAACCCCAAAGGGAUUAAGUCAGGGCAGGUUCAACUGAAUGGUCAAUUCGUAGACUCAAGCUCUCAUCAACCCUCUGCUUAUGUAGUGCAGGAUGAUAUUUUAAUGGGAACGUUAAGUGUGAGAGAAAAUCUGGAGUUUUCUGCUAACCUUAGGUUAUCGAAAAAGGAAUACAAUGCUGAGGAGAGGCAAAAGAAGGUGAAUGAGGUCAUUCAAGAGCUUGGAUUACAAGACUGCGCUAGUACCAAGAUUGGGACAGAAUUCCUUCGCGGGAUUUCUGGUGGAGAGCGAAAACGCUGCAGUAUUGGAAUGGAGUUAAUUACCUCACCUUCCCUGCUCUUCUUAGAUGAGCCCACCACCGGACUGGAUGCAAACACAGCCAAUUCCAUCAUGCACUUGCUUUACAUGUUGUCUAGAAAUUCUCGAACAAUAAUAUUCUCCAUCCAUCAGCCUCGGUAUUCCAUCUUCAGACUGUUUGAUAGUUUAACCUUGAUGAAUAAAGGUCAAAUCAUAUACCAGGGGCCUGGUGCAGAUGCUCUUGACUACUUUACAGAAAUUGGAUUCAAGUGUGAACCUUACAACAAUCCUUCAGAUUUUUUCUUGGAUGUCAUCAAUGGAGCAGUUACAUCUUCCCUUGAAACUCCCAAUUCAGCCCCAGCCAUCACUACUUACGUAACAGUGGAUUCCAGCUCUGAUAAGAACCACUUGGUCCAUCGUUAUGAGCAAUCUCGCUACUAUGACAAGGUUAAGAAGGAACUGAAACAGUUCUACAAACCAAGAAACUCAAUGUCAAAAGUAAAAACAAAAUCUUACCCAACUUCCUUUUGGAACCAGCUGUAUAUAGUAGGUGGGCGCACUAUGAAGAAUUUCCUACGAAACCCACAGACUUCAGUUGUUCAAGUGUUCAUGAUGAUAUUCUUUGGUAUUUUGAAUGGGCUUAUUUUUUUUCAAAUACCCAACACAAUGCCUGAAGCUUUGCAAAACAGAAUUGGUGCUUUUUUCUUCUUGAUAAUCAACCAAGUUUUUGGCAACCUUUCAGCCGUGGAACUCUUCAUAAAGGAAAAAGUACUCUUCAUACAUGAAAAUUCAAGUGGUUAUUACCGGACCUCUGCAUACUUCCUAUCCAAAAUCUUAAUUGAUCUGAUACCCAAUCGUAUCAUACCAAUAUUUGGCCUUGCAGCUAUAUCCUACUUCAUGAUUGGGUUGAAGGAAGAUGUUACAUCCUUUUUCCUUUUCAUUUUGACCAUAAGUCUGACCAGCUUGGCGGCAGUGAGUCUGGCUUUCUUUGUGAGUGCAAGUGCUAACACAUUUGCAGCUGCCAAUGCCCUCAUCGCCAUCCCCUAUGUCUUGAUGAUGGUUUUUGGAGGUUUCUUGGUGAACCUAAAUGGCAUGUUGAACUGGCUUUCAUGGCUGAAAUGGAUCAGUAUAUUCCGCUAUGGUUUGGACGCACUUGCAAUCAAUGAACUAAAAGGACAAAUAUUUUAUUCAAAUUUAACACUAUUCUAUGGCGAGGCGUACCUGGACCAGCAAGGAAUCAAUCACAGUACUUGGGGCUUCUGGCAAAAUGAAGUUGCACUUUUUUGUAUGACAAUAGUAUUCAUGUUCUUGGCAUUUGUGCAGCUUUUAACAGUUAAUAAGUGGAAGUAGAAUGUUGUCCCCUUAGUUCAAAGGACUAUCUGUUCUGCUAUGAAUCCUUUUUACGUGAGGAAUGAUCUAAAAGCACUUCAAUUUGUUAAUUAAUUAAAAAGUAGUUUAUUGUUUCAGAAAUGUAAAGGAAUUGUUUCUGUUCAAGAGAUGUCACAUUUUGAACUACCUUUAUGCAUCGUUAGUUAACAAAUUACCAUUGGAAACAAUGU